UGAAGUUAAUCCGGGUCAGAGGCGUCAGCAUGGACACUGGGGAUGUACUUGCAUCUCUGGGGGUUGAGGGAGCAACGGCUGCUGCGCACGCGCUCUCUCUCCCAGCUGAGGCAUAUGGAAAUGAUCCUCAGUUGGAGGUAAUGUGGGCAAUGAAAGCCUACAAUCAUGCAGAAGUCUACUUUAAUCUCAUUUCCUCGGUUGAUCCAAAAUUUCUAAAACUAACGAAAUCAGAUGAUCAGAUCUAUACUAAAUUCAGGGACGCAUUUCCUGACCAUAAUAUUCAAGUUCUGGAUCCAGAGCUGCUGAAAUCUGCAAAGGCUAAAGAGGAAUGGAGGCCCUUUUGCAACCAGUUUGAUGGUGUUGUAGAUGACUUCAACUAUGGCACAUUGUUACGUAUUGAUAGUCAAAAGGACUACACAGAGGAGAAUACAAUAUUUGCUACCAGAAUCCAGUUUUAUGCCAUUGAGAUUGCGAGAAACAGGGAAGGCUGCAAUGACGCUGUCCACAAUACCAACUCAAAAGCGAAACAACAGAAGAAAGAUCAGAGUUAGUCGUGCCAACAUAUUGAAAGUUGCCUUCUUUGUGUAGUGUCCAGAAACUUACGCAUUUUCUCACUCAUUUUGACAGUGAAAAAAAUAUCCUAACAAAUGUUUAGUAAUAGUGUACUUUGGAACAAUAACUGUUAAAUAUUCUUGUGUAAAUGUGUGUAAAAGUUGUUUUUCUCAUUUGUACUCAAAUGUCAAGAACAUGGUGGGCAGUUCAGUUUUGAUAUGUUUUUGUAAUAAAUAUUCACUUUUCCUUAAA